AUGAAGGCGGAGUUGCCAUGGGCCAAAUGUGGUAAUGAAUGGAAUACGGGCAAUUGCUCUGCGAACACUACUCAAACAAAUGGUAGUGACAUAGUGCUUACACCGGCGGAAGAAUACUUUUACAAUAAAGUUUUAAAUAUUUCAACUGGUAUCGAUGAACCUGGAGGGUUUCAAGUGGAAUUGGUUGCAACGCUGGCGGCUGCAUGGUUCAUCGUAUUUCUUGUUCUCAUAAAAGGCGUUGGAUCGCUAGGAAAGGUUGUGUACUUCGUAGCUAUUUUCCCCUACGUCGUGUUGACCGCUCUUCUCAUUAACGGUCUGCUGCUAGAAGGAGCCAUUGAUGGCAUCAUAUAUUACAUCACUCCUGACUGGAAUCAACUCCUUGACAUAAAGGUAUGGAGAGAUGCGGCUGUUCAAACAUUUUAUUCACUUAGUGCCUGUACCGGUGGCCUCAUUGCCAUGUCAAGCUACAGCGAUUUUCAUAAUAAUGUCAGAAGGGACGCUAUCGCCAUUCCGUUAAUAAGCUUGGCGACAAGUAUCUACGCUGGUUUGGUGAUAUUCACAGUGCUAGGAUUCAUGGCUAACUUCAAAGGAGUUGAUAUAUCAGAAGUUGCGGAGCAGGGGCCAGGGCUGGUGUUUGUCGUAUACCCAGAAGGAAUUUCCAGAAUGCCUCUCGCACCAUUUUGGGCUAUUAUUUUUUUCUUCAUGAUGGUCACACUCGGAUUUGGGACGCAGUUUUCUAUUAUGGAGUCCGUUAUGUCAGGAAUAUUUGACGUCUAUCCAACGUUCUUCCGUGCUAGUACCUGGAGGAUGAUAGCAUUUCGUGCUUUAUUCUGUGGCGGAAGCUUCUUGAUCGGAUUAAGCAUGGUGACUCGGGGAGGCAUGUAUGUAUUAAAUGUCGUCGAUGAAAGCAUCGGAGGAAUUGUCUUGAUUAUCCUUGGAAUCGUGGAAUUUUUGACUAUACAUUGGGUUUAUGUUACAAUAGAGAAGUAG